UCGCGACAAAGAAAAAAAAAACUUGUUUAUUCUACAAAAAAAAAAAAAAGAAAAAAAAAGCAGAGCCAAUAGCAGAACUGUGAGAUCUGCUAGAAGCUGUUUCGAACAUGGAGUAUCGCAAAAUCAAAGAUGAGGAUAAUGAUGGAGGAACAAUAAGUGAUGACAUUGAGAAUCUACGCGGCAAAGGGCUUUUGGGGGUUGCUUCUGUAAGUAAUGUCCCUGCAACGGAACAGGCCAAGUGGAAACGCAAGACAGUUGUUACACUUGCAUUGACUUUUCUUACAAGUUCACAAGCAAUACUUAUUGUCUGGUCGAAGAGAGCUGGGAAGUAUGAGUAUAGCGUCACCACAGCAAACUUUUUGGUGGAGACUUUGAAAUGUGCAUUAUCACUUGCAGCCUUGGCAAGAAUAUGGAAAACUGAAGGUGUUACAGAAGAUAACAGGUUGAGUACAACCCUUGAUGAAGUUAUUGUUUAUCCCAUUCCUGCUGUACUUUAUCUUGUCAAGAAUUUGCUACAGUAUUACAUCUUUGCCUAUGUUGAUGCUCCGGGUUAUCAGAUACUGAAGAACCUGAAUAUUAUCAGUACUGGUGUUUUAUAUCGUAUUAUCCUUAAGAAAAAAUUAAGUGAGAUUCAAUGGGCAGCUUUUAUUCUUCUAUGUGCUGGCUGCACCACAGCGCAACUAAACUCUCGUUCUGAUCGUGUUCUUCAAACACCUCUUCAAGGUUGGAUAAUGGCCAUUGUGAUGGCCCUUUUGAGUGGAUUUGCGGGAGUGUACACUGAGGCUAUAAUUAAGAAGCGCCCAUCAAGGAAUAUAAAUGUCCAGAACUUCUGGUUGUAUAUCUUCGGAAUGGCCUUCAAUGCUGUAGCAAUACUAAUACAAGAUUUUGAUGCUGUCAUGAACAAGGGUUUCUUCCAUGGAUACUCAAUAAUUACCACUCUCAUGAUCCUUAACCAUGCACUCAGUGGCAUUGCUGUAUCAAUGGUAAUGAAAUAUGCAGACAAUAUUGUGAAGGUGUAUUCUACUUCGGUGGCAAUGCUUCUCACAGCUGUUGUUUCGGUGUUUCUGUUUGGCUUUCAUCUUACCCUUGCUUUCUUCCUUGGUGCUAUUGUUGUAUCGGUAUCGGUAUACUUACACUCUGCAGGGAAGCUGCAAAGAUAGUGACUUUUUGUGCUGCAUUGCCGACAUUGUAAAGUCUAGUGAACUAAGGUUUUUUAUUUCAGUCUAUAUUUGUUCCCACUCCACCCCCCAAUCUAUUAUCUUAUUUAUAAUCUUAUAUUUGCCAAUGGUGAAAAUAGUCAUACAUAAGUUUUGUUAAAUCUCUGUUUCAUUUAGUUCAAUAUUGUUAACCCGGUAAGUUCCUAGUUUCCAAUUCCUUGUUUAACAUUUUAUCAGAAGUUAGAUAGUUGGGGGGAUUAAGAUGGUGUUAGAACUUUUAUUUGUAAUUUGAUCUAAUUAAUUUCUUUGUUCUUUCUGAUGUCUA